GUGUAAGUAAGCUCGUCCGACCACAGAUUGAUUUUUUUUUCUUUUCUUUUUCCCACCUUCGACCUUUUUACCCAAUAGCUGCAACCGUCGAUAAUCGAUCGCUCUCCUAUUCUGCAGACGGCCGAAGUACGUAUUAUUGCAGAGAAGUCACAGGAACGGGAAGAAUUGAAAGAAAAAACGCUCCCGCGUUCCUGUGGCUCCGUUCCGCAAAGAGAGCGGUGUCAAACGCGUCCUCAACGCGCUCCACCGCGACGUCACCACGCACAGCCAGCGCGAUCCGCAACUCAACCUCGACACCACCUCGCAGAACAGAGAAAUCAAGCCACCACCAGACGCUCAUAGCAGAUCGGGGACUGCAUCGAUAAUAGAGAAAUACAGCAAAGAGAAAAAAGAAAAAAGGAUAAAGAAACAGAAGAACAUGGCGUCAACCCCGCCCCCGCCCUCGACCGAGGCGGCGCCAAAGCGCAAGCGCGGCCGCCCCCCUCUCUCGCCGUCGCAGCGCAAACCGAAGCCUGCUCCGACGGGUCGCCCGCGCGGCCGGCCCAAGGGCAGCGGCACCAAAUCGGCCAAGAAGACCUCCGCGCUGACCGCGCCGGCGGGCGUCCAGAAGACAUCGCCAGCCGACGCCACGCCGCGCCGGGGCAGGGGCCGGCCGCGCAAGGACGGGAGCACCUCCUCCUCCUCCUCCGCCGCCGCCGCCGCCGCGGCGGCCAAGAAGGAGGAGAAGCUGCUGGAGGCCGCGGUAAGCGCGCGGCAACAGGAGAAGGAGGCGGCGGCGGGCCCUGCUACGCCGGCGGGGCAGGUCAAGAGGGGACGGGGACGGCCCAAGGGGUCCGGCAAGAAGCAGAAGCAGAUGGCGGCGUCGGCUGCGAUGAAGGCAGAGGCUGCUGCUACUUCCGGAGCGAAGAAAAAUGGGCCCGGGAGGAGGUCAGUAGGGUCUUCUUCUGCUGAUGCGGAGGGCUUCUUUAACGUGGAGGAUGAUGAUGAAGAGCAGAACGAGGAUGCGGAGGAGGAGGAGGACGAAGACGGCGAUGCUGAUUCAGAGGAGCAGGAGGAAGAUGAAGAGUAGAAUGGAGAGAGUUGGAUGCUGGGCUGCUGAUUGGAUGGAGGACAAGGUCAGAACUUGGACGCGUGGUUCUUCUUUUCUUAUGCUGUCGAAUGAUGGGUUCACAGGAGCCCUCCAGCCUUCAAGCCCGGUUGAGAGGAGAGGAAUUUGGAAGCACUGAGGCUGCCCUAACAACGUUGUCCUAGGCGGGCAAGGAAGGCGCGGACCUA